AUGGCGCGUGAAGGCACAGCUCUUCGGGCGGGCCGAGCUGCAGGUGCAGGCGUAGUGAAGGUGAACGAGAGCAAGCCACCAUCCUCGAAGCGUCCAGUGUCAGCAGCAAGCAUCUUCAAGCAGCAGCAGUCAAAAGCCGUGAAGAAUUCUGUGGUCACUCCGGUUCUUCAUACGUCGGCAAUGAAGAAGUGGACGCAGGCGAAGCGAGGCUCGAGCAGCAGCCCAGAAAAGAUGGGAAGCAACGACGGCAGGAAGCAGGACGACUUGCACCCUCUGGCUGCAGCAUUCAAUGACACAGCGCGUGCAUAUAGGCAAACACUGCUUGAGAGUACUACGAGGAAACUUGAUGACACCCUCUCUCACCUCCUCGAUCAACUAAAUGAUUUCAACAUCACAACUUCAUCGUCUCCUCCCCAGGCAUCCGACCCCAACGACUCACCCCAGAGACUCACUAUAGCAGACAGGGCCGAUCGGACUGCGAAAAAGCUCUUCACACCGCUCGGCCAGUACGAGCUGACUGUUGCGCGGAAUGAUCCUAAUGGUGAAGAAUAUCGAGUAGUGCAGAAAUUGGAAGAUGGGCUCGUAGACUACCAGGCUAGGCAUGAACACCGUAUCGAGGAGAUUCGCAAGCUAGAGGUGAAGUGGGAGACUGUUGUGGGCGAGAUAUGGAAGGUUGGCAUCAACUGCUUGGGCGAAGACGCCAUGUCUGCCCUCUUACUUAUCAAGCCGGCACCUCCACCUUCGCCACCCGCCAAAGCCGAGAGAUACAGCCUAAUGCUCGCCGACCUCGACCCGAGGCCCGUACGCAAGAAGGUCAAGUUUGAGGAGUCAGCCCCCAAGCUGCCCAGGUUCCUCACUUCGGCCUCCAGAUACGCGGAUCUUCCCAUCCCGAAACAAAUAUCAAAGGACGAUAUCAAGAUGCUGACAGAAAAGGUCAACGACUUCGGCACCGAGCAGAUCGAGGCACUUACGAAGGUCAAGAAGGAUGGGGAGAUCUGGUGGGAGAAGAAGCAGGCGCAGAUGAUGAUCGCUCUGCAGGAGGAUUGA